UCGGUUAGAUGACCAGACUAUUAUGGUCAUUAACGACUGGGCCAUGAAAUUACUUCCCAUGCGCUUCAGAGAAACGCAGUCCCAAUGGUUCGCCAAGCGCGGAAUUAGCUGGCACUUUUCUGCUGUCGUUCACAAAUCAAACCAUCCUGACUGUCCGGUAGUAUCCGCAAGUGAACACACAAUCCACACAUAUGUGGUUGCCAUUGACAGCUGCAAACAGGACUGGUUUUCCGUUUCUUGUAUACUUGAAGAGGUCCUUGUCUGUGUCAAAGAGUCACAUCAAUCAGUAUGUAGAGCGAUCCUAAGAAGUGAUAAUGCUGGAUGCUACCACUGUAGUGCACUUUUGUCAACCAUCAAUUCCACUAGCAGAAGGUCAGGCAUCGAAUUAAUCCGCUAUGAUUUCUCUGACCCUCAGUCGGGUAAGGACUUAUGUGACAGAAAGAUCGCCCCUUGCAAACAGCGCCUUCGACAUUAUGUUGCUGAAAAUCACAACGUAGAAAGUGCAGAAGACAUAAAGAAAGGCUUGGAGUCCCCACCAGGAAUUGCAGGAACGAGCGUUGCGGAAUGCAAGAUUGACCAAUCAGCGAUGUCAGCAGGCGCUGCUAAUAACAAGAUUCCGGGGAUAACGAAAUACAAUAAUUUCUCUCUGACUUCUACAAGCAUGCGCGUCUGGCAAGCUUACAAUGUUGGAGAGGGCAUGGAUAUAGAGGGGUCUUGGAAUGAACAAGAUGUCUCUGGGCUCGAAAGGAUUGGGGAUUGGAUGAAAAAGAUACCGCGUGUCACACAGAAGAAAUGCCAGGCAAAGGGAAAACACGAUGUCACUGAGUCUGUCAAUACUUUUAGCUGCCUUGAACCUGCUUGUGUUGCCACCUUCAAGACAAUCGAAGAGGCGGAUGAGCACAUGGACACAGGUCAUCAUAUUAUGACUCCAGAGAAGGAGACCAUAUACGACAACGUACGUAGGCAGUGGGCAGCUGUAACGACAUCAGUAAAAGUUGCUGGCCAGAAAAUUGGCGGGACAGAUUAUGUUCCUUUGGCGAACUUACGACUGAGCAAAGGGUGGGCCUUAAAGAAGUAGAAAGCUGCGGUGAGAAUAUCUUCGGGUGUCAAAGAAUUUUUGACAAAUUUAUUCAACAAGGGAGCUAAGGAUCUUCACCAAAAAGCUAUGCCAGCAGACGUGGUGGAGCAAAUAAAGCAAACUUUCCCAGUUUCAGAGUGGGUUGAGGUACAGACUGUCAGAGGAUACUUUUCUCGUCUGGCUUCGCAGCAAAAGGGACUUCCAGUUAGCGAAGAGGAGGGUGAAGACGAAGCGCUGGAGAAAGAGGAUUACACGGAGCAACUGGUCGGGGUGGCUGAACAAGAGAUUGGCCUCAGGCAUCCUCUUGUAUAUACUGAUUUCAAUUUUUGUGAUCUCUCUGCCAAGGGUAGAUUAGCCAAGGUUUUGGAAAAGCAAAAACUUAGUCAGCUUCAGUCAUUCUGCGAGUGUUUUGACGUGGAAAUUUCUGGUCGUGCUAAUCGUAAAGCAUCGUACUACGAACCUCUUAUACAAUUAGCAAAUUCCUGUGAUUGCCGCAAGUAAAUAAUUUUUAGAUUAUUCGACUUACACCAAUCAGUGAGUCAGUUAAGGUUGCGCGACUCGUCGACUUGGUCCAGUCAUCGCACUCUCGCGUCCAAGGUGAUACAAUACCAAUCACAUCUCGAGGCGUUUCAUGACUUUGUUUGAGGCGCUUGAUUCAUAUGAACAUCAACACGACAAAAGUUUAUCAUUCAGCUCUCCUAACUGUGGAUCCCUUCUAUGGUUUCACUUACUGAGCGAUAAAGUAUUUGGAAAAUCUGAUGGAUCGCAGGUCACCAAGACGCUGAUCACUGCAGCUCGUAUGUACACUGUAUCUACGUUUGGUCAUGAUCCAUUACUGAUGCAAGAGCUAUUUAGGGUAUUAAAGCGUCAGACAAAGAUUAACUGUCAACGAUCGUUUUUGCUAAGCUUACUUUAUCUUUUAAAAAAUGGCUUGAAAAAUUAUGGGGACUUUCCAUGCUUGCGGUAAUACAUGGAGAUAUGACUGAAAAAUAUAAAUCAGAGAAAAUCUCAAAUAUUUUUGUAUGAAGGUAAGAACAUUGUCAUUUUUGCUCUAUGAUGGGUACAGUCAACGCUCUCGUGCGCGACCACCCUUGAUGCAAGACAAUGUGGUCGCUUACGCUGAGAAGUGGUCAUCUACGCUUUUUAAAACUGAACUUUUGUAAUAUUUGAGCAAUGGUUUUCUUACAGUCAUAUGUGAUCAUGCCGGGUGGUCGCUUACGAGAAGCGGUCGCUAUGACAGAGUCGACUGCACUAGGUUUUCAAAGAAAAAAUUCAUCCUUUUUUUGUUCAAUCAAAGGCCUUUUAAGAGUAAUUGUACGGUAAGAGUCGGGGUAAUUCUAAACAAUCAAACUGAUUAGGCUUUAAAAAUUCAUUUUCACUCACCAAGUACAGAAUAAGGGCUUCAUGUCAACAAUUUGGUUUAUUUAUGGCAUGAAUUAUGCUCAAAAUUCCGUUUUGAAUGGCCUUAGAGGGGCAUGGAGUGUUUGUGGCAAAAAUUCAACAAACUUUGAUAAGCCAAUUUUUUCUCAACUGAUUUUGAUAACUGGGUCACUAAAGUAAAUAAUGGCAUAGGUACGGAAGUUAUGCAAGAAGGCAGGUAGAUACACUGAGUUUUUGAAAAAUGGCAAUUUUGGGUUGUAAUUUUGAUAUCAAUUUUUGCCAAACUCCAGCCCCAGGCUCCUCUCUGUCCAAUACCUCGAGGACAAAGUUACAUGUAUGAAAUAAAAGCUCUAUUAUAGUAGAGUUCAUGGUCAAAUUCAUUUGGAAGCACAAUUUACCAAUUG